AUGGUUACAUAUUGUAAUAAAAAAGUUUGUAUAAAUACCAAAAAAACUUUUUGUGUGUUUUCAUCAAAAUGGAUUGAUGAUCAUCAACCAAAAGAUAGAAAGAAGAUGUGUAAACCAAUACAUACACUUGUUAUUUUCAUUACUUUUAUCAUAAUUCAAUUACUGGCAUCUAGAUCAGCAGGGGAUGCCAGAAUCCAAACCAUUGAGAUGUUAUGUGCUGAAGGCGAAAACAAUCAAACAAUAUUUCUCAAAAAUGGUAUCAAUGUUUUUGAAAGACUUAAUAACCAAAUGCAAACUUCACAUAACGCAACAGUGUCAGAGGGAACCAGCCCGGACCAAGUUUAUGGUCUUUCCCAAUGCUAUGGUGACCUCUCUGUACAAGAUUGCCAACUUUGCUAUUCCCAAAUGCAUAAUAUACUUCCGACUUGCUGGCCAAAACCUGGGGGUCGACUUUACUGUGAUGGCUGCUUUAUCCGAGUCCAGAACUUUAGUUUUUUUGAGGAGUAUACAGGGCCUCAUGACACAAUUGUUUGUGGGAAUACAACAAGAAAAAGUACCAUGUUUCAAGACUCAACAAGGCAGGCAGUCAUGAAAGCUGUAACGGAUGCAUUGAGAAACCGUGCCUACUUUUCUAGGGAAGAGGUGAUAACACCUGGUUCUAAUGAUUCAGUUUAUGUCAUGGCCCAAUGCUGGAAUACUUUGAGCCCUGAUUCUUGUAGGGCAUGUUUGGUGAACGCUUAUGCAUCGAUAACGACAUGUUUACCGUGGUCUGAGGGGCGAGCAUUGAACACUGGAUGCUUCAUGAGGUAUUCUGAUACCAAUUUUCUUAAUCCCAUACAAACCACAAGAAGCGCUAGCAAUAAAGGGAAGAGAAUAGCUAUUGUAGUUUCCGCUGUCAGUUCUGUGGUGGUUUUCACAGUUGCUUUAAUGAGCUUCUUAUAUAUCAGAAAACGCAGAUAUAUACAGCAAAGGAGAAAUGGCUCUUAUGAAGCGAAAAAUGCCAAAAAACUGGCAAAGAUUCUUACAGACAGUAACUUGAACUUCAAAUACUCUACAAUAGAGAAAGCGACUGGAAAUUGGAAUGACUUCAAUAAGCUUGGACAAGGUGGAUUUGGUACUGUCUACAAGGGGGUUCUUUUUGAUGGACGAGAAAUAGCUGUGAAGAGGCUCUUCUUAAACAACAAAUUCAGAGCAGCAGAUUUCUACAAUGAAAUUAACAUCAUUAACAGUCUACAACACAAAAAUCUGGUCAGGCUGUUGGGAUGCAACUGUUCAGGACCCGAAAGCAUUCUCAUAUAUGAAUAUCUGCCCAACAUGAGCCUCGACCGGUACAUUUUUGAUGAAAUAAAAGGCAGACAAUUAAAAUGGGAGAAGAGAUUUGAGAUCAUUAUUGGGAUAGCAGAAGGCUUGGUUUACCUUCAUGAAAAUACCAAGAGCCGCAUUAUACAUAGAGACAUUAAAGCUUCUAAUAUCUUGUUAGACUUGCGGCUUCGUCCCAAAAUAGCUGAUUUUGGUUUAGCCAGGUCUUUUCAAGGUGACAAGAGUCAUAUCAGCACCGCCAUUGCGGGUACACUUGGGUACAUUGCUCCAGAGUACCUAGCUCAUGGCCAGUUAACCGAAAAGGCAGAUGUCUAUAGCUUUGGUGUGUUGCUGCUGGAGUUGGUCAGCGGAAUGGAAAGCAAUGGAAGCAAAACCAUGGAAUAUCCUGAAUUCUUAGUUUCUAUUGCAUGGAGGCAUUUCAAGCAAGGAACACUCAAGGAAAUGUUUGAUCCGAAUCUGAUGAUGAAUGUAUAUCCUAACAUCAUUUUCCAGGAAGAUGCCAUAAGAGUGACACACAUAGGACUUCUUUGCAUUCAAGAAGAACCAUCUUUAAGGCCAUCCAUGUCAGUGGCUCUCAGAAUGUUGGUAAGGGAUGAUGAACCACUACCCGUCCCCUCUAAUCCCCCUUUUGUAGACAAGGAGACAAUGGAACUCAACAUCAUGCCAACGGUAACGGGUUCUUCAGUUGCAACAGUUUCUGUCAGCUAUUUCCACCCAAGGUAAUCCUAGUUAGUGAUAAAAAAUUUAAAACACAUCAGCCGAUUAGAAACUUAGAUUUUGUCAACCAUUCCCUUAAGCAUCUUGGAAGCUAUAGUGUCAAAAGCAGCCAAUUAACAUGGUUGUAAUCUCGAAGCUAAGGUCGGUUGAGUCUAAAAGUACGGAAGUUUGAUUUGUUUGUAUUGUAUAACAUACUUAAUAAUUAAUAUAUGCACGUUGUUCA